GGAAGUUGAUGGCAAUAAAGUGAUGUCUUCAUUUGCCCCGCACAACUCAUCUACCUCACCCUUGAAGGCAGAAGAAGGUGGGCGUCAGAGUGGAGAAUCAUUGUCCAGUACAGCCCUGGGAACCCCUGAAAGGCGUAAAGGCAGCUUAGCAGAUGUUGUAGACACCUUAAAGCAGAGAAAAAUGGAAGAGCUCAUCAAAAAUGAGCCAGAAGAAACUCCCAGUAUUGAAAAGCUACUAUCAAAGGACUGGAAAGACAAGCUUCUUGCCAUGGGAUCAGGGAACUUUGGAGAAAUAAAAGGGACUCCAGAAAGCCUAGCUGAGAAAGAAAGGCAGCUUAUGGGUAUGAUCAAUCAACUGACCAGUUUGCGUGAGCAGCUGCUGGCAGCUCAUGAUGAACAGAAGAAACUGGCUGCAUCACAAAUCGAGAAACAACGCCAGCAAAUGGAGCUGGCUAAGCAGCAACAGGAACAGAUUGCAAGACAACAGCAGCAGCUCCUGCAGCAGCAACACAAAAUUAACCUUCUUCAGCAGCAGAUCCAGCAGGUUCAAGGUCAGCUGCCUCCAUUGAUGAUUCCAGUGUUCCCUCCAGAUCAACGAACCCUAGCAGCAGCUGCUCAGCAAGGAUUCCUCCUUCCUCCUGGUUUCAGCUACAAGGCAGGAUGCAGUGACCCUUACCCUGUUCAGCUGAUCCCAACUACCAUGGCAGCUGCUGCGGCAGCAACACCAGGCUUAGGCCCACUCCAACUGCAGCAGUUGUAUGCUGCCCAGCUUGCUGCAAUGCAAGUGUCUCCAGGAGGCAAGAUACCUGGCAUCCCCCAAGGAAACCUUGGUGCGGCUGUAUCCCCUACCAGUAUCCACACAGACAAGAGCACAAACAGUCCUCCACCCAAAAGCAAGGAUGAAGUGGCCCAGCCGCUGAACCUCUCAGCUAAAUCCAAGACGUCUGAGGGAAAAUCUCCGACAUCGCCCACUUCUCCUCAUAUGCCAGCUCUGAGAAUAAACAGUGGGGCCAGUUCACUCAAAUCCUCAGUGCCAGCAACAUUAGCCAGUCCUUCGGCCAGAGUUAACACAAUAGGUUAUUUAAAUGACCACGAUGCUGUUACCAAGGCAAUCCAGGAGGCCCGACAGAUGAAGGAGCAACUUCGGAGGGAACAACAGGUGCUUGAUGGGAAGGUGGCUGUUGUGAAUAGUCUGGGUCUCAAUAACUGCAGGACAGAAAAGGACAAAACAACACUGGAGAGCCUGACUCAACAGCUGGCAGUAAAACAGAAUGAAGAUGGGAAAUUUAGCCAUGCUAUGAUGGAUUUCAACAUGAGUGGGGAUUCUGACGGAAGUGCAGGUGUCUCAGAAUCUAGAAUUUAUCGGGAAUCCAGAGGGCGUGGAAGUAAUGAACCCCAUAUCAAGCGUCCAAUGAAUGCCUUCAUGGUGUGGGCUAAAGAUGAGCGAAGGAAGAUCCUUCAAGCCUUCCCUGACAUGCACAACUCCAACAUUAGCAAGAUACUGGGAUCUCGCUGGAAAGCUAUGACAAACCUAGAGAAGCAGCCAUACUAUGAGGAGCAGGCCCGACUCAGCAAGCAACAUCUGGAGAAAUACCCAGACUAUAAAUACAAGCCCAGGCCGAAGCGCACCUGUCUUGUGGAUGGCAAAAAAUUGCGGAUCGGCGAGUACAAGGCAAUCAUGCGCAACAGGCGACAAGAGAUGAGGCAGUAUUUUAAUGUUGGGCAACAAGCACAGAUUCCUAUCGCCACCGCCGGUGUAGUCUACCCAGGAGCCAUCGCGAUGGCAGGAAUGCCCUCCCCCCAUCUGCCAUCAGAGCACUCGAGUGUGUCCAGCAGCCCGGAGCCCGGGAUGCCUGUCAUCCAGAGCACUUACGGCAUCAAAGGCGAGGAGCCGCACAUCAAAGAGGAGAUGCAGGCCAAUGACAUCAAUGGAGAAAUCUACGACGAGUACGAUGAAGAAGAGGACGACCCUGAUGUGGACUACGGCAGUGACAGUGAAAAUCACAUUGCAGGACAAGCCAACUGAUAAGGGUCCAAAUAUUGUGUGACCUUACAGGACUUCAAGGAAAAAAAAAAAAAAAGCCCCACCUGGUUUAUCCUUACCAGUGGCCAAGCACAUUAACUUUCUCAUACACUGACUGUUACUUUAACUGUUAGUCUUAACUAGUUGGGACAUCAGCUGACUAAUAGACAUCAGCCUGCAUUUAAAAAAAAAAGGCCCAGAAGAAAGAAAACAACGACGAUAACAACAACAAAAGAAUGAAAUAAGCUAUGGGUAAAAUAAUGCCAGUAAUUCAGCUGCUAUACCCAAGCACUGAAGUCUUACCCGUCGACCUUUUAUUAUUAUUUUUUUUUUCAAAUAAACUUUAUGGCUGUUUGUUCUACAAUGUUCUAGAAAUUCUCACUCAGGUACACAGUGCCAACAAGUGGCUUGUGAAUGUGUUUUGUUGUUUUGUGCUACAGUUUAAAGAGAAGUAAAUUUUUUUUUUUUUUUUGUUAU